CCUCAACCAAGCACUUGCGGUCCUUGAAGUGGACAAGGAGGUGGUGCCACAGCUCGUGCUUGGAAAGAACCUUGGGGUUACCAAUGAUGACAAGACCGUACUUGGCACGAGUCAAGGCAACGUUGAGACGGCGAGGAUCCGAAAGGAAACCAAUGCCCUGGUUGUCGUUGGAACGGACACAUGACAAAACAAUGAAGUCCUUCUCACGGCCCUGGAAGGCGUCGACGGAGGCAACCUCAACCUCCUUGUAGCUCUCCUUCUUGAAGGUGCCGGUGUUCUGCAUGGUGCUAACAAUGUAGCUUCGUUGACCCUCGUACGGAGUGAUGACACCAAUGUCCAAGGGCUUAACGCCGGCCUUGAAGAAGCGGGUCACUACCUUCUCCACGUUGGAGGCUUCGGUACGGUUCAGGUAGGAUGUUCCGGAUGCCGAGAUUUCCUCAUUGCCGAGGUUGGACCAGAACAUCAUCGGCAUAUCGAC